UGCCCGGCUUCGCUUCUCUGGAGAAUGUUCUGCCUUCAGCUGGGCUUCCUGCUGCGAUGCCUGAGCCAGUUUGAAGUGAGUCUGCAAUGAACCAAGGAAGACAUGAAGAGACAGAGAAUCCUAUUUCUUCUCAUCUAUUUAUUUCCCAUGGGUGCUACAGUUUGGGGGUUUACAGAGCAGAAGACAAUAGUGGGGCAGUUUUCCCAGGAUUGCAUCCUCCCUUGCUCUUUCUCACCUGGACAUGAAGCAGCAAUUCACUGGAUGAGAGGGAACAGAACUGUCCACAGCUACUACAACCAGGGCGAUCGUCUGGAGCGGCAAGACCCGGAUUACAAAACCAGAACACAUCUUUUCCACCAGGACAUUCCUAAUGGAAAUGCCUCCUUGAAACUUAGUAACCUGACUGUGACUGAUGAGGGCAAUUAUACAUGCUAUGUGGGAACACUGGAAAAUAGCACAGAAGUGAAAGUCAUGCUGUGGGUAAGAGUUUCCCCUUAUUAUGCCCUGGAGUACAAAAAGAGAGAGACAGAAAGAACGCUGAUGUGCUGUGCCUUUCUCACCUACCCUGAACCUCAUGUCUCUUGGCUACGAGGCAAUGCAUCCAUCCAAGAGACGCAUCAAGAGAAAAGCAGCAAUGGAGUCCUCUAUUCUCUUAGGAGUGGCCAGAAUAUUACAAACACAGCUGAUCCAUACUAUUGUCAUAUUCAUCACCCCUACAAAAACUGGACUGCUGAAUGGAGGAUGAAAGAGCAGCUGUCUGUCGUAGAAGGAGGCAGCACUGUAAUUCCUUGUGAUGACAGCAACACCACUGCAGGCACUGAAGGUUUCAGCGUUGUCUGGGAGUUACACAGAGGUGCAAUGGUUUCAGUCUUGGCUGCCUUCCAUGGGACAUUUCCCUCACCCCCAGCUCGAGCGCGCAUGAACCAAAGUAACUUUGCACUGAUGCUGGAACAUCUUACUGCCCAGGACAGUGGAGAAUAUCUGUGCAAUAUUUCAACACCUCAAUAUACAAAGCUCACUGUGAGAACUUUGCAAGUUGGGAACUCAAACAACAGGAGGAAUAUUGGGAUAGCUGUGGUCAGCAUGGCUGUGGUGCUGGUGAUCUGUUUUGCUGCUGUUAUGUUCUGUGGCUGCUACAAGAAAAGUGCAAGAAACGUCCCUGAAAGCAGAACUCCUACUGAAAAUACUGAAGAGUCACAUCCAAUUUGUUCAUCAAGUUCUAACACCAUGGAAAUGGGCGACCUGGGCAGGGGGGACUGGACUCCAUGA